UUCUUAGACUCGCCCACAAUUCAAAAUGUCACCACGUCAUCUAAGAAGUCUUGGAUUGGCCAGAUAGUGACUUUGAAGUGUCUUACUGAUGGUGUUCCCACGCCAACACUCUCUUGGUACAAACCUGAAGGAAGUCAAAUAAAGAGAGUCAGAGCCAGACAAAGCAAAAUACAAGUGCCACUUAGGGGUGAUCAAGAUUUUGGUCAUUACAAGUGCAUUGCUGCUAAUGGACAGAUUCCAUCUCAUGAGAAAUUGAUAACGAUAAAUCAGAUAAAGAAACCAGGGAAAGCAUCCUUAAAAUCAUCAGAGUCAGUCAUUCAAGCAACUUUUAUGACAAUACAAUGGACUGCACCAGCUGAUGAUGGAGGAAGUCCGAUUAUAGGAUACCGGAUGAUCUUACAAAAGGGUGAAACUGAGAUAAAAAAGGAUAAUAUCACCGAUCCUGGAACGACAACUUAUUCGUUGCGUGGUUUGGAAAGAAAUACAAACUACACGGUAAAACUGUUUUCCAGAAAUUUUGUGUUCGAGGGAGAUCCUAAUGUAAGGACGAUUAGGACCAAGUUUGAAGGAGCCCCAGGUGUGGUCGAAAUAGACGACCUGCCAGGUGAAACGACAGACGAUACAAUUACCCUAAAGUGGAAGGAGCCAGAAAGUAAUGGAAAAGUUGUUAUCAUGUAUUCAGUGUACCAAAGGGUAGUGACUGAUGGGAAAGUGGGACAGUGGACAGAAAUAAGGAGAGUCAGAGAUGUUUCCGUGAGAGAAUUGAAAAUAGCAUUGGAGAGAGGAAAAGUGUAUCAGUUUGCCAUUACUGCAACUAAUGAGCUUGGUGAAAGCCUAAAACAAGAUAAAGCAAAUAUCCAGAAAGUCAAGGCAGAAGGAAUAAGCACAGACGUUUACCUGACAGCGACCAUAAAGGAGAACUGUAGCAGAAGUACAGAAGUUGCUGCGAAAUUUCCAGAAAUGGCUUGUCAAAUUGCCUUUAGGUUUGGCUGCUCAUCCGCCAACACUGUGAACACCAGGUGUGGCAGUGUCGUUCUUGACUUCAUGAUGAGGUUCAAUCACAGUGUAGUCGUUAACAAUGUUUUAAUUGUCUUGUCGGAUGCUGCAAGGCAAGAAAAAUUCGGAGGUUUUAAAGUCAAUCCAGACUCAAUUAAGCAGGUUUCUAUACCCACAGACGGCUCGGGAAGCACAACAAAAGGUCCUGAGGAAUGUAACUGCCCAUCUAACAACGUCUUGUUAGCCAUAAUUGGGGUUCUUGCCUUCACAAUCCUUCUUCUUAUUAUUUACAUAAUCUGGCUACACAGGAAAGGCGCUGUAGGGAAACAGAGGACUUACAAAGAUGAAAGAGGUGAUUAUGACAAUGAAACAGGAUUAGAUGAUAUCGAACCAACUAUACCCGAGUCGAGAAAACUCACUCAGCCUCCUGCGGAAUACAUGGAUCUCAUAGAAGUCAACAAAGAUAAUAGAAAAGCACAAAGUACCGCUUCAGGUGCCGAUUACGUGCCUCUUCAUCCGUUAACAUGCUGCUGGGAAGUUCCAAGACACCACGUGACCAUAGAAAAAAUCAUUGGUAAAGGUGCUUUUGGUCAAGUUGCCAAGGGAACAGUGGUAGGACUUCGAGGGAGUCCCGAAACGACCACAGUGGCUAUUAAGAUGCUUAAAACAAACGCCGCUGAAUCGGACAAGAGAGAUUUGAUGAAUGAACUUGACACAAUGAAGCAGCUGAAACCACAUCCUCACGUCAUUAAACUACUGGGAUGUGUUACAGAAUCUGAACAGCUGUUGGUUUUGAUUGAAUAUGUGCCUUUUGGGGAUCUACUGGGUUACCUGAGAAAGAGCCGGGGAUUAAAGGACACAUACUACAAGGACCCGGAUUUUAAACCGCAAACAAAUUUGACGUCACAGCAGCUGAUGAAGUUUGCUUGGCAAAUUGCUGAUGGAAUGUGUUACUUGUCCUCAAAAUCUGUAAGUUAAUU